GUAAAUUUGAUAAAAACGAUGGGACUGUUCCUUUAAAAACCUGGUUGGACCAUGCAGAAGACACUUCCAAAUGCAAAAUAUCAAAGCAUAUGUAUAUCAUUGAACUACAUAUACAUUGUAUAUCUAUUAUCUAUGAUAUCAAAGUGAGGUUAUCUUUAAUUUCAAUAAUGGUUUGUAAUGAUUAUAUUCCCUUGUUAGCGCUACAAAAUUGAUUAAAACAUUAAUUAAUUUACCUGGUUUUCGGGCAAAUCUGUCUUUACCAGAAGAAAAUAAUUGAGAAUAAUUCUCUAAUAUACUUGCGUGUAUCUCUAAAACUAAUUUGUUUUGAUUUAAGCAAAAUUCAAAAAGGAAAUGGAACAAAGUAUUUUUCAAAAUACCGAAGAAAAUACAGAUAAUAAAAGCCUAGUAAGUCUUAAUUUAUGCAGGGUUUGUGCAUCAACCAAUGAUAGAAUGUUAGACAUAUUUAGUUCAGAAGGAACUGCACAGAACUUGGCCUACAAAAUUAACGUUUACCUCCCAUUUAAAGUUACUGAAUAUGAUGUAUUGCCCCUCAGUUGCUGCUUUGAAUGUAUUUCAGUUAUUUCUACAUGGCAUAAUUUUAUACUUAAAAGUUUAGAUGCCGAAAACACUCUACAAGAAAUUUUCAGAAAAAACAGUUCAAAACAAAGUUGUGAUGCAAAAAUAUCUCCAGUUUCAUUAACUUAUGAUGCUUGUAGGGAUCUACUUAAGGAGACCACUUCAAAAAAGGACGAAGAAACCAAAACAGAUAAAAAGAAAGCAAUCUUUAAGGCAAUUCAAACAAAUUCUGAAGCAAUAAGUAGUAAAAUUCGGAGAAAAAAAGGUGAAAUUAUUUACAAAUUAUUUUGCACGACAUGUAAUAAAGGAUUCACAAGAAAUUUCGAUUUGAAGAGGCACAUUAUAAAAACUCAUCAUUCAGAAGUUGAAACUUCUUCAAUCCUAGGAUCAAAAGAUCCCCAAAAAAAACGGAGGCGAAGAAAGACCGAAAUAGAUGCAACUUUUGAAUGUGAAUUUUGUCAAAAAAAGUUCACUAGAAAUUUCGACCUGCUCCGUCACAAACGUCUCAAACAUCCUGAAAAAGUUUGCCAAGCACAACACAGCAAUAUAUCGAAAGAAAAGAAAGAAUUAAUUCUUAAGUCAAAAACAGUCAUUAACAAUAAAACGUUUUUCAAGUGUCAAGUAUGUGGAUAUAAGUUCAGUAAGUCAAGUAAUUUAGUACGCCACACAACUGUACACAAUAACGUAUUAGACUACAGGUGUCGCGUUUGCGGAAAACGUUUUCGAUUAGAGACUGCGUUAACUCGCCACAUAAAUCAUUACCACUUGGGCAUCAAAAAAUUCAUCUGUGAUACAUGCGGCAGUAAAUUCGCCUAUAAGUAUUCUUUAGAAGAACAUAAAACUGUACACUUAGACUACAGGCCUUUUGUGUGCGACGUGUGCGGAAAAACGUUUAAAAACAAUGGUACCCUUAAAAGACAUAAAAUUAUUCAUUCGGAUGCGUAUCCCUUUCAAUGUAAUUAUUGCGGGAAAAAAUACAAGAGACUGGGAGACUUCAAGAUACAUGAAACAUUACAUAGUGAUUAUAAAAAGCACUGCUGUCAUCUGUGCGGGAUCACAUUCAGACUGAAACAUGUUCUUCAAAGACAUCUAAGUGUCCAUGAUAAACUUAACGAAUGUUACUGUUUGGAAUGCGGGUUAAAGUUUAAGCAAGAAAAGUACUUAAAAGCGCAUCAAAAAUCUCACAUGAAUAACAUACGUGUAAGCAAAACCGAUUGAUCGACAGAUAGGGAAUAAAUAAGUGAUAAAUAUUUUAUAAAUGUUAUUUCCCUUUAUGUGGUUUUCCAACAGCGCAUAAUAUAAUCUUAAACUACUAAUUAUGAAGAAACAGAUAAUUAAAUUGUGUUAUCGUAUUUGUACCUUAUAAGUAAUGUUUUUUGGAAUUAUAAAUUAAAAGAGGGAGUGUAGCAAAAUUAAAAUAAUUAAGACACUACUUACUUUUUCUGAACCAAUUAUAAAAGCAACACAUUUCAACAGACAACUAUAAUACCAAAUUAUUGUUUCAUCAUAAAAUUCGUGAAAUGUUUCUUUUGUUUAAUAAUGUUACACUAGGUAAAAAUGUUGUUAAUAUUAAACCAAUAUAAGCAAUAAGAAGUCUAAUUAUAUUAAAACUAGAAAAUAAUUAAUGGAGGCUUAUUCAUAAUUAAUUAAUAUAGAUCUCUAAAGCAUUGCAUG